UAUUUAUACUUUAAUUUUGAUGUUCUAAGUUUUUGAUCACAGCGUCGAAGAGAACUUGGCGCAUUCAUCAGAAGCGGGAAGGAGGAGCCCGACACAAGCUAGAACACAUCUUCAGAUCCAAAGUCUCUCUACUCCCCAUCUCAGAUCUCUCCAAAACCCGUUGGGAUCUCGGAUUUCUUAUUCACAGCAUUCAAAAUCGUUGCAUAAUCUCUACACCUUUGCUCAAUUACGCCCUGCUCCAUCUAUUCAUUCCGAUCUUCUAUCCCUUUCUUGGAGCUUCGACCUGGACUUAAUCAUGAAUCCCUUUUCCUCUGGGACGCGUCUCAGGGACAUGAUUCGGGCCAUUCGUGCUUGUAAAACUGCAGCAGAGGAACGUGCGGUAAUUCGAAAAGAGUGUGCUGCUAUUCGAGCUGCCAUUGAUGAGAAUGAUCAUGACUAUAGGCAUCGAAACCUUGCCAAGCUCAUGUUCAUUCAUAUGCUUGGUUAUCCCACACAUUUUGGUCAAAUGGAAUGCUUGAAGUUGAUUGCCUCUGCUGGUUUCCCAGAAAAGAGAAUUGGGUAUCUUGGCCUCAUGUUACUUCUAGAUGAAAGACAAGAAGUUCUGAUGUUGGUCACAAACUCAUUAAAACAAGAUCUCAACCACUCAAACCAGUAUAUCGUAGGACUUGCUCUUUGUGCUUUAGGAAAUAUUUGUUCAGCUGAAAUGGCUCGUGAUCUUGCACCAGAAGUUGAAAGACUUCUACAGUUUCGGGACCCAAACAUUAGGAAGAAAGCAGCAUUGUGUUCAAUUAGGAUUAUAAGGAAAGUACCAGACCUUGCAGAAAAUUUUGUUAACCCUGCUGCCUCCUUGCUGAAAGAAAAGCACCACGGGGUUAUGAUAACUGGAGUUCAACUGUGUACAGAGCUUUGCAAACACAGUUCAGAAGCCCUUGAAUAUUUUCGUAAGAAGUCCACAGAGGGUGCAGUCAAGACGCUGAAGGAUUUGGUUAAUAGUCCAUAUGCCCCUGAGUAUGAUAUUGCUGGAAUAACGGACCCAUUUCUCCACAUCCGGUUGCUUAAGUUUUUGCGUGUCUUGGGCCAUGAAGAUGCAGAUGCUAGUGACUACAUGAAUGAUAUACUUGCGCAGGUGGCAACAAAAACAGAAUCAAACAAAAACGCAGGGAAUGCUAUUCUAUAUGAAUGUGUUGAAACUAUUAUGAGUAUUGAAGAUAGCGGCGGCUUACGUGUGCUUGCUAUCAAUAUCUUGGGCAGAUUCUUGUCUAAUCGUGAUAACAAUAUCAGAUAUGUAGCAUUGAACAUGCUUAUGAAGGCUAUCACUGUAGAUGGUCAAGCAGUGCAGAGACAUCGGGCAACUAUCUUGGAAUGUGUAAAGGAUUCAGAUGCUUCAAUUCGGAAGAGGGCCCUUGAACUUGUUUACCUUCUAGUGAAUGAAAGCAAUGUCAAGCCUCUGACCAAAGAGCUUAUUGACUACCUGGAAGUUGCUGAUCAAGAAUUUAAGGGAGAUCUUACUGCAAAAAUUUGCUCAAUUGUUGCAAAGUACUCCCCAGAGAAAAUAUGGUACAUCGAUCAGAUGCUGAAGGUUCUCUCUGAGGCUGGAAAUUUUGUAAAAGAUGAAGUAUGGCAUGGCCUUAUUGUCGUGAUAAGCAAUGCAUCUGACCUUCAUGGGUAUACUGUAAGGGCCUUGUACAGAGCAUUUCAGAUAUCUAGCGAGCAGGAAAGUCUUGUUCGAGUGACAGUUUGGUGCAUUGGAGAAUAUGGCGACAUGUUGGUCAAUAAUAUUGGAAUGCUCGNGGGAGCCUUCAAAGGUUGUGCACUCACAGAUGGGGUUGUAACAGAAUCUGAUGCUGUGGAUGUUGCCGAAACUGCUAUUAAACGCCAUAACUCAGAUCUAAACAUCAAAGCAAUGGCCAUGAUUGCUUUGCUGAAGCUUUCUUCUCGUUUCCCAUCAUGUUCAGAGAGGAUUAACCACUUAAUUGUUCAAUAUAAAGGAAGCCUCGUGCUUGAAUUGCAGCAAAGAUCCAUUGAAUUCAAUUCCAUCAUUGCAAGUCAUCAGAAUAUGAGGUCUACAUUGGUUGAAAGGAUGCCAGUUUUGGAUGAGGCAACAUUCAUUGGGAAAAGGGCUGGUUCUAUUCCAGCAUCUGUAUCGUCUUCUAAUAGGGCUGCAAUUAAUCUUCCAAAUGGGGUUUCCAAAUCUGCUGCUCCCCUCGUUGAUUUACUUGAUUUAAGUUCUGAUGAGGUUCCUGUGCCUAGCUCUUCUGGUAGUGAUUUUAUUCAGGAUCUUCUUGGGCUUGACUUGUCUGCAGCUCCAGAGCAAUCUGGAAGUAAUCCAGCUCCAAAAAGUGGAACUGAUGUUCUAUUGGAUCUUUUGUCCAUUGGAACAACCCCACCUGCACAGAGUAGUGCAUUUCCAACAGACAUAUUAUCCAAUCAAGAAAAAUCGCCCACUUCUCAAUUGGAUGGACUUUCUUCUCUUUCUCUUCUUCCAGCAAGCAAAGCUUCCGGUCCUGUAUCUUCUUCUACAAUUGAUUUGUUGGGUGGAUUGGCCCCUAACGUGGCAAGUUCAGAUGAGAAUGGUUCAGUUUAUCCAUCUAUAGUUGCAUACGAGAGUGGAUCUCUGAGAAUAACUUUCGACUUCUCUAAGGCAGCUGGGAGCCCACAAACGACAUUGAUCCAUGCCACAUUUAAAAAUUUAUCUCCAAAUGUCUAUUCAAAUUUCAUUUUCCAGGCAGCAGUUCCGAAGUUUCUUCAACUGCAUUUAGAUCCAGCGAGUGGUAGUACUCUGCCUGGAAGUGGUAAUGGGUCUAUCACACAAAAGUUGAAAGUGACUAAUAGCCAAUAUGGAAAGAAACAUCUUAUGAUGCGCCUAAGGAUAGCGUACAAGGUGGAUGACAAAGAUAUUUUGGAGGAGGCUCAAGUCAAUAAUUUCCCUCGUAACUUGUGAUGUUGAACGGCUCAGAAAGUGUAAAAAUGCGCAUUGAUGGUUGAUUUUGCUCGCCUGGGAUUUCUAUAAAGCCAAAGACAUCACUCUGGACCUCCAUCUCCCUUGUUUCCGAUUCUCUCUUCAUACAUAGUGGUUUUGUACAUUAUUUCAAGUUAUUGUACGGGGAUUUUGGUUAUAAAAUUUUUGUCUUCCAUGAAUAGGUGGGGGAGCUCCAGUGUUACAUUUAAGGAUUGGAGGUACUGUUCUUGCCACUUGUUUUGUUUUUUUAUUUUUUUAGUUUUUUCUGUCUAGCAUUAUCUUUUCCAACCACAGUCACCAAGGUAAAUGAACAUGCCAAAACAUUAAAAAGAAGGGAAUUCAAUUCGAUUUGUUUAGCUCUCUUCUUUUCUUAUUGAAAGAUAAGCUCUCAUAAUAUUUUUCAUUUCCAUGGUCGACUCUGUAAGAAGCUUCUAGGCACUAUUGGUGAGGGAUUGUAAUGUAAUGUAAUUCUCGAGUUGAAAGAGCUCUCAAGUUUGUGACCCA